AUGCGCAGCCGACUCCACCAACAUAGCCGACGGCUCGUAACGUUGCUGCUCGCCAUAGUGGGCGCAGAACUCGUCUACGUGUGUGUCUCGUUCUACGUCGUCGAGGCCGGGGGCCAAUCGGGCCAGUCCGUCUCGUCCCGAAUAUCGACCCUGUUCGGAGCCAGCGCGCUCAGCGCGCUCAGCUCGCUCACAGUCUCUGCAGACCCAAAUCGCAUGCUCCCCGGCUUAGUGUCGGGGUCACGUGUGCGUCUGCAAGACCGGCUUUUGGCAUACGCGCUCCCCAGCGCCGACAACGGAAGGCUUCGCAAACCCGCCAUCGACGAUCUGGUCGAAUACUACGGUUCCUGGAAAUUCGACACUGCGGUCCGCUACGUCAUACCGUGCACUUUAUCUCAAACUUUCCUCGGCCGGCUCCAAAGACCCAUUCGCACUCUGCAAGACCUGUUUCCAGACUCUCAAUUCGUGGGCUCUCGCAAUCAAGACAUUUUGGACGAGCCCCAAGCAUCAGAUUCUUUACAAAUCGACAAUGCCGAAUUUCCGCUGCGAACUUACAAUUACGAUCCACGCGCCCCCACGGCGAUCUACUACGACGAAAUUCUCAAUUUCGUCAAAACAAAUGGAGGUGCCGGAUUUCCAGUUGACUCUGUCACCGGCAAACAGUAUCCUCUCUUUGAAAACUUGACUGUCCCUUUCAGCUGGUAUGAUUGGACGGACUCGCAAAUUCUCAACGGAUUCAUAGAUUUGCCUCAAACCGACAAGCCGCAUUGUAGCGACGUUGUGCGCCGAUACUUUCAGCCCGAAAAACUUCUCGAAUUUGAACGCAGGUUCGGCUACAAACUAUUCGAAGAAGACCGCUCUAAAGCUUUAGGUGCGUCAAGAUUUAGCAGCAUAUCCGCCUUCGCGGGAAAAAACGACGAAGUUCCACCAGAGAACAAUUGUAUUGAUGAUUUUAUCAAUACUUUGAUGCCAGGAUUUAGGUCGACUUCUCCACUCAACUUUUCGAGACCGGAAUUAUACGGGCUUCAGGCUCGCGCCACUCUUUUCGCGUCCAAGCCGUCCGCUUACUCCCUGACUUUUUUGAACAGAAAUGGCUCCUCUAUCCAAGUGGAAACCAGUAACAUCGAUGCCCUUGACUCAAAAAGCAGACCUCAAAAUGUUCUUUUCAAUGGUUUACUGGAAAAGUAUAUGGAGCGCAACAUACCUUCUUUCCCCGAAAUUCCUGCAUCAGAUCAUUCCUUUGACAACAUACAGAAAUUCAAACAACUUAAGCAAGAAAUCUUUCAUCACUUUUCCGAACGAAGCUCAAAUAAUGAUCCAUCGGCGACACAAAGUUCAAAGACUCCUACCAGUAGCUCAGCUUCGGAAUUACCGUAUUUCGUCGAGUUGACUGAGAAGGAUUUCGAAUUUGACGCCAAGGCAAAAAUUAAACAACUGGAGGCCCUGCCAAAGAGGACACGCCACCAACAGUCAUACUUGGAGUCCUUAGAAGGUUCUCUCAAUACCUUAACGAUGGACUUGAAUAAGUACUUCACGGAAGCUUCUCACGUUACUGACUACACUCACAUGGGUCAUCAUUUCGAUUCUAGGUUCUUCCGUGGCGCUGUGGAACAUUCAGACAUGCGAGCACGCCUGGACGCAAUAGCUCGUGCGUGGCUGAACUUUGUUCACUCCAAUGGACUUAGCGCUUGGCUUUCGCACGGAACUCUCUAUGGCUGGAUGUACAAUGGUAUGGCAUUUCCUUGGGAUGGUGAUCAUGAUAUGCAAAUGCCGAUUGUACAUUUAAAUAUCCUGGCAGAGAGGUUCAAUCAAAGUCUAAUCGUAGAAGAUCCAGAGGUUGGCAAUGGUCGUUUCUUUCUAGACGUGAGCAACUCCAUCACGAGCAGAGUGCACGGAAAUGGGAACAAUAAUAUAGAUGCCAGAUUCAUUGACGUCGACUCUGGUCUCUACGUGGACAUCACCGGGCUUUCCGUCUCGUCAGAUGGGUUCCAUCCUAGAUACAAGGGCCUCGCUGAAGAAGUGGCGAAAUCCAGUCAGAACCAAACUUUUUUUAGAGAUCCUAAUAUCGUCAAGGGGGUGACUGAUCUCUCGCCUGCGGACGUCCUUCAGGAAGAGGAAAAACGUGGAAACAUGACUUCCGGACGUCUCAAUCACAUCGAGCGUUACGCGCAAAUGGUCAAAAACGUUCAAAAUGGUCAUCAAAGUGAAUCACCCGAGCAGCGCUAUAACAUGAAUAAGGCUAUGAAGGUGUACAAUUGCAGGAACAAUCACUUCAGCCACCUUUCGGAGCUUUCGCCUCUAAGGCUUACAUUCUUCCAUGGUGCUAAAGCUUAUAUUCCUAAUCAAGCCAUAAAGGAAUUGAAACAUGAAUAUGGAGUUCCUGCAAACUACUCGUACUUGGAUUUUUCAGGCCGUGCUUUCGUGCCUGAAUUCCGCCAGUGGGUCGAUCGGUCGACGUUGUUGGCCAUAGCGGAAGCCCCAAGCUCUCCGAUUCGUGUUGAAGAAAAGGUGUUGAAGACAUUAGAUUUUCGCAGCAUUGUAGCGUUGUUUCAGAAUGCAGCGGUUGUGAAUGAUGACAACGUUGAGAAGUUCUUCAAUUACUUGCUAAACACUUUUCAAAUGACCACAUUCCGUCAAAAAGAAUUGGAAUUAAUGUACGACGAAGACCGCUCACUCGCAGAGAGGGCCUCCUCUCUGGAAAAUUUUGUUCGCAACCGUGUCUUUACAGGCGGUUACAAAGACCCCUUUCAGAAUCGGUUGGAAACCGUUGUAUGGUACAACCUACUGGAUAGAACACCUGUCUCGUAUCAGCGGCUUGACAAACAUUUGAAGAAACAGAACUUGCAGAACGCAGACCGCUUACUUGAGUUGAACGUUCUUAACAACCAAGGAAACUUCCCUUGGUCAACGGAAGCCGGUUAUCAAGAUCCUCCCAGUCUCUUAGAUUUUAAUCAUCGCGGAAGCAGGUUUUUUGCGAUGGGUGAAAAUAGUCACAACGAUAUUUUCAAAUCUGACCCCAAAGAUCUCUGGUCGUCUUCUUCUUCACUGUCGACCCCAACCAGCACUGCCACUAAUAAUGCCUGA